AUGAACAGCAUUGAUUCGAAGAAUAAACGAGUUAUAUGCUAUGUAGAUGAAAAUUUAAAUAAUAAUAUAUAUAGUGAGAGUGAGAAGACGUUUUUAAAAAAUAAUGUUGACUGGAACAAAAUUAAAUUGUUGAAUACAUCAAAUAUAAAAUCUGGUGUUGUUGGAGUAGAAAAAAAACUUGUAUCAGAUACAAGUGGAAAUAAGUAUUUACGUCAAAUGAAUAAUGUUCAUAAUAAAAAUAAAAAAAAUAAUGUUAUUUUUUAUAUUGAUGAAGAAAAGAAAGAUAUAGAAACACAUUUAUAUAAGGAUGACGAUACUAUAGAUAGAGGUAUUAAAGAAAAAGAUGAUGUGCAGAAUGAUAAAGAGAAUAAUUUAGAGGAGUGUAAAAAUCUUAAAAGUGAUGAUAAAAUUGAAAAUGUAGAUUAUAAUGGCAUAGUAUAUAAUAUGAAUAUUCAAACGAAUAAUAAAUCAUCUAGUAAUUCAAAAAAUGGGAUUAACAAUAAUAAUAAUAAUAAUAAUAAUAUAUGUAAUAAUGAAGAUAUGGAUGACAUAAAAAAUAAUAAUAUCUGUAGUGUUUUUCAAGAGAAUUUUUGUAAUAAAUAUUCGAAUUUAUUAGAAGAUAAUGAUUUAAUUAUAAAAAAAGAAGAUGAUAGAAAUAUUAAUGUAAAUUAUCAAAUGUAUUAUCAAAACUAUUAUAAUAAUAAAAAUAAAAAAUAUAUAUAUAAUGAUGAUGAUAAAAAAAAUGGAAAAGAACAACAUGUACACAAUAAAAAUACAUGUAAAGAUGAUAAAUAUUUUCUCACAAAUGAUGAUUUGUCAUAUAAUGAAGAUAUAUUAUCAUCGAGCACAAAUACAUGUGAUACAUUAGAUAAAAUAAAAUUAGAUAAUAUAUAUGGUUCUUUUAUAGAUGAUGUUAAAAGUUCAUUUGUAUUAACAAAAAAUAUGAAAAAAAGUUUUACUAAUUAUAUUCAUAAACAGAAAAGUAAAGAAAAAAAUAAAAAUAAAGAAAUACAUCAUGAUAAUAAUACUGAUCAAAAUGAAUAUUCUGAUUUUAAUGAUUUUGAUAUUUCUAUAAAUAAUAAUAUAAAUGAUAACAUAAAUAAUCAAUAUAAUAAUAAAGAAAAAAUACAUAAGUUACAUUAUAAAAAUAUAUAUGAUCAUGAAUGUAAACUAAACAAGAACAUAUCAACUAAUUCUUUUAUAAAUAUUGAAGAGAAGAAUUCUUUAAAAAGUGAUGUCAUAUUAAUUGAUGAUACAAAUAGUAUAUUUCCAAAUGGAUAUGAUAAUUCUCCUUUAUCACAUGAAAAAAAUAAACAAGACUAUUCUCAAAACAAAGAUUGUUAUAAAAAUAUUUUUCAUAUAAUGAAAGAACAAAAUAAAUUAAGAAACCUAUCGUUAAAUAAAAAUAAAGAAACAUUUAAAAAAUUUGGGAUACAAAAUGUAGGGCACAUAUUUAAUCCAAACAAUUUCGUAAUGAAAGAAAAAUUUAUGCAAUACCCAGAAGAUAAAGAUGAAGAAAAUGAAAAAGAAACAAAUGAUGGAAAACAUACUAGCUCUGAUUCUGAAAAUUAUUGUGAACAAAAAAUUGAAAGUGAUUAUCCUAAGUUGGAUGAAAAAAAUGAAGACUAUUAUGAACAAGCAAGUGACAAAUAUCUAGAUGUGCAAAAGGUAAAUGAUGAUAUACAGGUUCAUGUGGGUAGUAAUCAUAUAAAACUUAAUCAAAAGUAUAAAGGAGAAAUUGGAGAUGAUCAUGGAAUUAAUAGCGAAAAUGAAAGGGGAAGUUACAGUGAUAGUAGAAGUUAUAGUUAUAGAAGUGAUAGUUAUAGAAGAAGUGAGAGUGACAGAAGGAGUGAAAGUGACAGAAGAAGUGAAGGUGACAGAAGAAGUGAAGGUGACAGAAGAAGUGAAGGUGACAGAAGAAGUGAGAGCGACAAAAGAAGUGAGAGCGACAAAAGAAGUGAUAGUGACAAAAAAAGUGAGAGUGACAAAUCAUCAAAUGAUGGUGAUAAAAGAAGCAACGAUGGAAAUACAUCAGAAAGUGAAAGAAGUGAAGUUAGUCAAAAGAGUUCUUAUGUUUCUUCAGAAAAACCUAAAAAAAGACCUUAUUUUUAUGAAAACGUUUCGAGUAAAAUUUUUGGCUUUUUUCAAGCAAAGAAAAAAAUUAAUAGUAAUAAUGAGGAAGAUGAUGAUUUUAGUCAGAGUAGAAGAAGCAGUGAAAGUAGACUGAGAAGUGUAAGUAGAAGGAGUGAUGUGAGUAGAAAAAGUGAUGUGAGUAGAAAAAGUGAUGUGAGUAGAAGGAGUGAUGUGAGUAGAAGGAGUGAUGUGAGUAGAAGGAGUGAUGUGAGUAAAAGGAGUGAUGUGAGUAGAAAAAGUGAUGUGAGUAAAAGGAGUGAAGUAAGCAAAAAAAGUGAAGUAAGCAAAAAAAGUGAAGUAAGCAAAAAAAGUGAAGUAAGCAGAAAAAGUGAAGUAAGCAGAAAAAGUGAAGUAAGCAGAAAAAGUGAUAUAAGCAGAAAAAGUGAUAUAAGCAGAAGCAGUGAAAGUAGACUGAGAAGUGUAAGUAGAAGGAGUGAUGUGAGCAGAAGGAGUGAGAUAAGCAUAAAGGAUGAUGUGAGUGCAAAAAGUGAUGUAAGCAUAAAGGAUGAUGUGAGCAGAAGAAGUGAUGUUAAUAAAAAAUUAAUUGAUACUGAGAAUGAAGAAAAAGAGGAAACCAAAUUAAGUGAAGUCGGUGUAACAGAACAGAAUGAUAUACAUGGAGAUAUUACAAAUAAAGAAGAAGAUAAUGAAAAAAUAAUUAAAGUUCGCAAGACAAGAAAAAAAAGAAUAGUAGGGGAAAAUAAUAAAAAGGUUGCUGUGAAAAAACAAAAAAUACCAAAACAGGGAACUAAAAUAAUAAAAAAAGUUGUUAUUAAAAAAAAAGGUAAGAAUAAAAAUGAUCCAGAAGAAGAAGAAGAAAGAACAUGUAAUAUUUGUAAUAUGACAUUUAUAAAUAAUAAAUUAAUGAUGAGACAUAUAAAUAGUGUUCAUUCUGAUGAAAGACCUUUUGAAUGUAGUAUAUGUCAUAAAUCUUAUAAAAGAGCUGAUCAUUUAAAAACCCAUUUAAUAGGUCAUAAAAUAAGUGAUGAAAAAAAUAAAUAUCAAUGUCCUAUAUGUAAAACAGCAUGUAAAUCAUCAAGAGAAUUAAGUAUUUGUAAGAAAAGUCAUUCAGAAGGAUAUAAGAAACCAGGUUAUAUUAGUGCUUUUUCUAAGUUAAACCAAAAAGGUAAUUCGAAUCUUCUCUCUUUUAUUAAUGGUAAUAACCAAAAGGGAAAUAAUCAAAAUAGGGGAGGUUCAAAAAUUAAUGGUAAAAUGAAUCCUGGUGGAAAAAAUGUAAGUGAAAAGCAAAUAGAAAAUGAUAACAACAAUAAUAAUGAUAGUAAUAAUAGUAAUAAUAAUAAUAAAAAUAAUAAUAAUGAUUCAAAAAUGAAAAGAAACAGCAAACGAGAUAAACUACAUAAUGGUGUUAUUGAAGAUGGCACAAUUAAUGGUGAUAAUAAUAUACUGCAACUCAUGGAUGACACAAAUAUUAUAGAAACAAAAGAAGGAGAACCCAAUAAAAUUUCUAGAAAAGGUAGUGUAUCAAUAGAAGCAAGAACAUGUAAUAUAUGUAAGAUGGUUUUUGCAAAUAAAAAAUUAAUGAAAAGACAUUUAAUGUGUGUACAUUCAGAUGAUAGACCAUAUAAAUGUGAUAUAUGCUUUAAAGCAUAUAAAAGAUCUGAUCAUUUAAAAAAUCAUUUAAGUUCACAUGACAAAACUAGCGAGGAAAAGAAACAUAUCUGUUUAAUUUGUGAAGAAAGUUUUACUACUUCCAAAGAAUUAAAACAACAUAAAAUCCAACAUUAUAAAUGUCCUUAUGAAAAUUGUUCUUAUACUUAUUCUACAAUUUCAAAUAUGAAAUAUCAUUUAAAUAAACAUAAAUGUAAUAUAGUAUAUACAUGUCCUGGUUGCUCUCAAACUUUUAUUAUAUAUAAAGAUUAUAUUGAACAUAAAAAAAGCUGUUUUAAAAAAAAAUAUGUAUGCUUGGAAUGUAAUAAAAUAUAUUUACAUUUGAAUGGUUAUAAUAAACAUAUAAAUAAAAUACACUUAAAAAUUAAUACAGUUUUUAAAUGCAAAGUAAAGGAUUGUAAUAAACAGUUCUGUUCCGAUUUCAGCUUAAAAGAACAUGUUAUGAAUUUUCAUAAAGGAAUUAAGAGAUUCUUCUGUAGUAAAUGUAAUAUGUCUUUUGGAUAUAGAAGCUCUUUUAGAAGGCAUAACGUUAAUAUGCACUCAUAA